AUGACACCGCAACCGUGGCCGGGUAGAUACACUGGCUACUAUGCCAUAUCUAUAGACCGAUCUCCUUCCGGUAUACAUCCACUCAGCAGUAAUAUUCUGGAGUUAUUUGUGACAGAUACCAUUAUCAGUGGGCAUGUGGAGGCAGCACUAGUCCUCAAACGAAAAGCUGAAAUCCACGGAUUUGAGAAAGAACAGCUUGUUGUCAAGACCGUUCAAUACAGGCCAGAAGCAGAACAAUCGCCCAAAAUUGAGAUAUUUAGCAUACAGUCAUUCGAUUACAACUGCAACUAA